AUUCGAUGCAUUUGCAAUGCAACGUUGAUGCGUUGGCUUCGCUUCGUAUAUAAAUACCGUUUCACCCCAUUUGGUUACCUCAGUAUCACACGAUUCACCAGUCCCUCAACAACUAACCAUGGCUUUUCAAUUCGUUGUACUGUCAGCGUUGAUUGCUGCAGCAAAUGCAGGAGCAAUUGGAGCACCAUUAGCCUAUGCAGCACCAACGCUAAUAGCAAAACCAGUGGACGCUGAUUUUGAUCCACAUCCACAAUAUAGUUUUGCAUAUGACGUUCAAGAUUCAUUGACUGGCGAUUUUAAAAGUCAACACGAGACACGUAAUGGAGAUAUGGUACAGGGAAGUUAUUCCCUUUUGGAGGCUGAUGGAACUAAAAGAAUAGUGGACUAUCAUGCCGAUGAUGUUAAUGGAUUUAAUGCAAUUGUUCGUAAAGAAGCUGUGGCUAAAAUUGCCGCACCAGUGAUUACAGCAGCGCCAGCAAAAAUUGCCUAUGCACCCACUGCGCAUUACAGUUACGCAUCGCCAAUUGUUGCUGCGCCUGCGCAACUUUCUUACGCGCAGCAAAUUGCCAAAAUUUCACCUGCCACUGCGCAUAUCACUUACGCUCAACCAAUCGCUAAGCCAGCUUUAACUUAUGGACCACCAAUCGCUAAAAUUCCAGCGGCACCUGUUUUAGCUGCCACCAAAUAUGCAGGUCCACUUUCAUAUAUUGCACAUGUAACAUACACAUCACCUUACAUUUCAUAUGCUCACUAAAUUUUUCCGCAAAAAUUUUUUUUUUUUUUUUCCCCUCCAAUAUAAAUUUUUCUCCAUCAAGUAAUCGAUUUUUACAUAAUCAUGCACACUGUAAAGAAAUUUUUAAGACUGAAAACACCUAUAAAUGUAAGAGAAAAAACACUAAAGACUGAAUAUUAUAACGAUUUUAAGAGCUAAAAUUAAUAUCCGAUUUUGUUUUAAGUUAAAAAAAAAAAAUUUAACUAUUUUUUUUUAGAAAGCGUUUUUAAGACAUUUUUACAGUGUGUAUUUUGAAAAUAAUUUUUAGAAUGCGGAAAAAAUGAUUUUUUUUUUCAAUUCUAUCUAUAAGGGAUAAUUGGGAAUUAUUUUCAAAUAGUGAAAAAAAAAUUAAUUGCCAUUUUAUAUUUUUGAAAAACUUUGAUUGCAAAAUCGUCAUUGUGCUCAAAAAUAGGUUGUUUUUUUUUUUAGUCAAUGAAUUUUGAAGAAAACGGUAAUUUUACUUAAUAUUUAAAGGGAUAAAAUUUUAAUUUCCGAAAAAAAUGUUUCACAAACAAAAACAAUUGAAAAUUUUUAGUGUUAAAAAAAAUUUUCAGCUUUCUCAUUAACAGAAAAUUUUAAUUUGUCCCUUCUUCUCAAUAAGACUGAUCAAUUCUCACGGUGUCACAAAUUUUGCUAAUAAUUUCAUGUCUCAAAUUUAAUUAUCAAAUAGUUUCAUUUUUAUUUUGAAUUGUCAUCUAUUUGAAAAUUAAGAAAAUACUACUAAUUUAAAACAAAAAUGUUUAUUAUCAAGUUAAGUAUAUAAUUAAUUUAAUUCCAAAAGUAAAUUUUAUUUUUAGAAAUAUUUUUUGCUCAAAAUUUUAAUUUUUACAAAACAUUUAUCAAUUAUCAUAAAUAAUAUAAAAUUUUGCCAUUAUUAUGAUAACAAAGACAACAAUUUUUAUAAUAAUAACAAAAUACUAUUGUUUUUUAAAUUCUUUUUCAUAUACGGGAGAAUUAAUUGUAUAAUUAAAUAAUUACACAUAUAAAAACGACAUCGACCUACCCGAAUGUAAAUUGCGGAACUCGGUUUUUUAAUGAGAAGAGAUGCGUCGCGAUACAUCUUACUUUCAUUGUAAUGAUUUACACGGAACAGAAGCUUAUAACGGUGAAGGUCGCAAACACAGGUUUCGCUUUCAUAUCAAUGUCGUCUUCGAAAUUUAGGUCGUCGAAAGGGAAUACCUCUUCUUCCGAGUUUAAAACAUCGUAUUAAAAAAAAAAAAAAAAUAAUAAUAAUGAUGAUGAUAGUCAUAUAGAUAUAAUUAAAUUUUAAUUAAAUGCUAUAUUUUUAAUAUACAUUUAAAUAAAAAAUAAAACAUCGAAUGUAUUCUUAAAACAUGACCACAGGUCAAAAAUAAAUUGUCAUUUUGUCAAUUUAAAAAA